AUGAAACUAAUCGAUACUACUAUCGACUCUAAGCCAUUGCGCGUGCGCCUUGUUGCAUAUUUUGUAAUUUUUUAUUUUCAUACCGUCCAUCGCCUGUGUCCUGUGAUCCUGUGUGCCGUUCUGUAUAUGUUACGAUUGGAAUUCCCUGAGCCCUGUAAAAUGCGUCUGGUGCCCUCUUCAGAUAUGACGUCGUUGGUCCCCGUGCGUUGA